AUGAUUAUAGCAUUGGCUAAACUAAAUUUCAACUUUGUUUUGUUAGUACUAUUUCUAUCAACAAUUCAUGCAUUUUAUCUACCAGGUUUAGCGCCUAAUGUAUUUUGCCGAAAAGCUGUAGAAGAUUCAAAAUGCAAAACAAAAGUUGAAGUAUUUGUCAAUCGUCUUGAUUCAGUCGAAUCUGUUUUACCAUAUGAAUAUUCUUAUUUUGAUUUUUGCACAAUCAGUGAUGAACCAUCACCUGUUGAAAAUCUUGGUCAAGUUUUAUUCGGUGAACGAAUUCGUCCAUCACCUUACAAGUUUGAUUUUCUUAAAAAUGAUGAUUGCCAUUUAGUAUGUACCAAACGAUUUUCAUCAUCCGAUGCUUUACGACAAAAAAUGUUGAAACGUUUAAUGAAAGGAAUGGUUUUGAAUUAUCAACAACAUUGGAUUAUUGAUAAUAUGCCUGUAACAUUAUGUUAUAGAAAUACUGAAAAUCAAGAAUUUUGUUCACGAGGUUUUCCAAUUGGUUGUUAUGUAACGAAAAGUGGUCAUUCAAAAGAAUCAUGUAAUAUUCGUGAUGGAAAAAAUGAUACAUUUUAUGUAUUUAAUCAUUUGGAUUUCGAAAUUACUUAUCAUAGUGGACAAGGUGAAACAUGGGGAAGUGCAUUUGGUGAAGAUGGUGGUCGUAUAAUUGCAGCUAAAGUACAAGUUAAUAGUUUAAAUUCUGAGAAAUGUGAUCGUAGUGCUGAACCACUUAUGUUCCAAUCAACAGCAAAAGAUGUUGAGAUUCCAUUUACAUAUAGUUUAAAAUUUGUAAAAAAUAAUGAUAUUCGUUGGGCUAGUCGAUGGGAUUAUAUACUUAAAUCAUUACCACAAACACGUAUUCAAUGGUUUUCAAUUCUUAAUUCAUUAGUUAUUGUAUUAUUUCUUUCUGGUAUGGUCGCUAUGAUUCUUUUACGUACAUUACAUAAAGAUAUUGCUCGUUAUAAUCAAAUGGUUGAUGCUGAUGAUGCACAAGAAGAAUUUGGAUGGAAAUUAGUUCAUGGUGAUGUAUUUCGACCACCACAACGAGGUAUGCUCCUCUCUGUUCUCAUCGGCAAUGGUACUCAAAUUGCUAUUAUGUCAUUGAUUACUUUGAUUUUUGCUUGUCUUGGUUUUCUUUCACCAGCAAGUCGUGGGGCUUUGAUGACUUGUGCGAUCGUCUGUUAUGUUCUUUUGGGAACACCAGCUGGAUAUACUUCAGCUCGUUUAUAUAAAAUGUUCGGCGGUGAAAAAUGGAAAAAGAACGUUGUAAUGACGGCUGUUGCAUGUCCAGGUGUGAUAUUUGGAAUCUUUUUUAUUUUGAACAUUGUUCUUUGGGCAAAUGGAAGUUCAGCAGCUAUUCCAUUUACUACAUUUAUAGCAUUACUUGCUCUUUGGUUUUGUGUUUCAACACCAUUAGUAUUUAUUGGAGCAUAUCUUGGUUUCAAACGUCCUGUUUCAGAAAAUCCAGUUCGAACAAAUCAAAUUCCACGUCAAGUUCCAGAACAAACAUUAUAUACUAAACCAUUACCAGGUAUUUUGAUGGGUGGUAUUCUACCAUUCGGUUGUAUAUUCAUUCAACUCUUCUUCAUUUUAAACAGUAUUUGGGCACAUCAAUAUUAUUACUUUUUUGGAUUUUUACUUGUUGUUUAUGUUAUUCUUAUUAUAACAUGUUCAGAAACAACUAUUCUUCUUUGCUAUUUUCAUUUAUGUGCUGAGGAUUAUAAUUGGUGGUGGCGAUCAUUUUUAACAUCGGGUUUUACCGCCGUUUAUUUCUUUUUAUAUUGUGUUUAUUAUUUUGCAACAAAACUUGAAAUAUCAGAUGGUACAUCAACAUUUCUUUAUUUCGGUUAUACAUUGAUGUUGACAUUUAUAUUAUUUUUAUUUACCGGUACAAUCGGGUUCCUUGCUUGUUUCUGGUUUGUUCGAAUAAUUUAUUCUGUCAUCAAAGUAGAUUAA